AUGAUAAUCUCGGUUACAACUGAAUCGGGGAGCGUGGCUGCGUGUGAUGGUGGCGGUCGGGUAGGCCAUGCUGUCAGGCUGCGCGGGAUAGGCGCGGGCCGGGCAUGGCGGGCUCCUGCUCGACACUGCGGUGCGGGCGUCCGCGGCGCGCGCUGCACGCCACUGACCCGCGCACCGCCCGCGCCUGCCGCCGCCGCCGAUGCGCGCGCACGCCCGCACCGCGCUGACAGGCCGCACAACGCCGCCGAGCCUUCGGCCUCCGGCCUGCAGCCGCGUGCACCGGCACCACACCGCACACCGCCCACGCACCACAACACACACUACUUACCUAUCGAUUGUAUGCUUUGA